GUUUGUCUGUUGGUAGGAGUAGGAAGUCAGAACAGAGGUGUUGUGGGGUAGGUUUGUUCAGAACAGAAACCAAAGACCAACUUUCCUGAGCAAAAGAAAGAACACCUGCAAAUGAAAUGCUGUUUCUGCAGCUUCCAUUGCUGCUGGCUCUCCUCCCAGGUGCUGACAGUGAGGACGGUUUCCAGGAGCCGGUCUCCUUCCAAAUCAUCCGUAUCUUCUCCUUUUACAACCAUUCCUGGGAACAUUCUCUGGGCUCGGGUUGGUUGGGGGAGUUGCAGACUCACAGCAUGGAUAGCAGCUCUGACACUGUCAUUUACCUGUGGCCUUGGUCCAGGGGCAACUUCAGCAACGAGGAGUUGAUGGAAGUGACAAGGUUAUUUCAGACAUUCUUCAUUAGAUUUGCUCAGGCAUUUCACAACCAUGCCAUUCAGUGGAUGCUUCACUAUCCCUUUGAGGUGCAGAUAGCAGGAGGCUGUAAGCUGCGCUUUGGAGAAGCCUCAGUAGGCUUUGUGCAGGUUGCUUUUCAAGGAUCAGAGUUCCUGAGCUUCCAGAACAAUUCAUGGUUGCCUUCUCCAGAGGGUGGAGAGAUGGCUCAGCUUGUCAGCAGUCUAUUCAAUUUGUACCAAGGUACCUCGGAAAUACUGCACAGGCUGCUCAGCGACACCUGCCCACGUUUCCUCUUGGGUCUUCUUGAUGCAGGGAAGGCAUAUCUCCAGCGACAAGGGCACCGCAGCUCCGUGGGCUGGAUCUUCCUGGCAGUGACGGUGCCCCUGCUGCUCCUGGCAGGUCUUGCGUUUUGGGUUCGGAAGCGCUGGACGCUCUGUCAACCCGCAAGCUCUCAUCUCCCUUUGGAAUGAGAUGCCAGCAGCUCAGGAGCUCGGGAUGUAGUGAAACACAGCCCGGUGAUGCCGGCCUUCAACUCUCCAUGUACAGCUUUU